AUGAGCGCCAACGACAAGUACUCCACGCCCCUCUCCUCCAGAUAUGCAUCUGAGGAGAUGUCCAAGAUCUUCUCCUUGAGAAACCGUUUCUCCACUUGGAGAAAACUCUGGUUGAACUUGGCCAUCGCUGAGAAGCAGGUUGGUCUUAGCGUCAUCACCGACGAGGCCAUUGAGCAGAUGAAGAAGCACUUGGAGAUCACCGACGACGAGAUCAAGGCUGCCUCUGUUGAGGAGGCCAAGGUCAGACACGACGUGAUGGCCCAUGUUCACGUUUUCGGUGAAACGUGCCCCGCUGCUGCGGGUAUCAUCCACUUGGGUGCUACUUCCUGUUUCGUCACCGACAACGCCGACCUCAUUUUCCUCAGAGACGCCUACGACGUGUUGAUCCCCAAGUUGGUUAACGUCAUUGACCGUUUGUCCAAGUUCGCCUUGGAGUACAAGGACUUGCCAGUUUUGGGAUGGACCCAUUUCCAGCCUGCCCAGCUCACCACCGUGGGUAAGAGAGCCACCUUGUGGAUCCAGGAGUUGUUGUGGGAUUUGCGUAACAUGGUCAGAGCCAGAAACGACUUGGGUCUUAGAGGUGUCAAGGGUACCACUGGUACUCAGGCUUCCUUCUUGUCGCUUUUCCACGGUGACCACGACAAGGUUGAGGAAUUGGACGAGACUGUUGUCAAGCUUCUCGGAUUUGAGCACGUCUACCCUGUCACUGGCCAGACCUACUCCAGAAAAAUCGACAUUGACGUCUUGAGCCCAUUGGCCUCUUUGGGUGCUACCACCCACAAGUUCGCUACCGACAUCAGACUUUUGGCCAACUUGAAGGAGGUCGAGGAGCCAUUUGAGAAGUCCCAGAUCGGUUCUUCUGCCAUGGCCUACAAGAGAAACCCUAUGAGAUGUGAGAGAGUUUGUUCUUUGUCCAGACACUUGGGUGGUUUGUUGAACGACGCUAUCCAGACUGCUUCCGUGCAGUGGUUCGAGAGAACCUUGGACGACUCUGCCAUCCGUAGAAUCUCGCUUCCUUCUGCUUUCUUGACCGCCGACAUUUUGUUGUCGACCCUCAACAACAUCACCUCCGGUCUUGUGGUUUACCCUAAGGUGAUUGAGAGAAGAAUCCUGGAGGAGUUGCCAUUCAUGGCCACCGAAAACAUCAUCAUGGCCAUGGUCGAGAAGGGCGCUUCCAGACAAGACUGCCACGAGGAAAUCAGAGUGUUGUCCCACGAGGCUUCUGCUCAGGUUAAACAGGAGGGUGGCCGUAACGACUUGAUCGACAGAGUCAGAAAGACCAAGUACUUCGAGCCAAUCUGGGAGCAGUUGGACAGCUUGUUGGACCCAUCCACUUUUGUGGGCCGUGCUCCUCAGCAAACUGAAAAGUUUGUCAAGAAGACCGUUGCCGAGGCCUUGGAGCCUUACAAGAGCAUGAUCACCACCGAGAAUGUGUCUUUGAAUGUGUAA